AUGGAGCAAAAUAAUAACAACGGUGAAAAUUUUUCGAAUGAACUAAAAAAACUUCAAAAGAAGAUAUAUAAUGACAGAUCCUAUCAAAAAGACCAAAUUACUGAGCUUCAGAAAAAAGUCAACGCACUAGAGUUCGAAAAUUGUUCUCUUGAGGACAAAUAUAAGCAACUCGAUUCCGUAACUCAGUCUAGGCUCUCUGCUCUCGAAUCUGAAAAUUAUUUACUUAAAACUAAAAUUGCAUCCAUUGAAGAGAAAUUGAACAAAUUACCCUUCCUCCGAUGA